GCGGCGCAGGGAGCCCUGGCAGAGCCAAUUGCAAGCAAGCAAGGUGUGAUCAGAGAAGGGAAGCAAGGUUUGAUCAGAGAAGGGAAGGGCAGCGUGAAAGAGGUACGUAGUAAGUUUCCAAGUUCCCGAGAGGGAGGGAGGGAGGAGCAACGAUGCCUGAGCAGCCUGUCCCAUCGGUAUACGUGGUCUACUACCACGCUACUACCUUGACCCCAAAGACCUGAAGGACGAUUCACUCUACACAAUCCAUGCUUUCCCUGUUACCCAUCCUCCUUAUGAGCCCUUGCCACAAGAGCCCGUUCUCACUCUCCGGCCCCGUGAUCUCCCAUUUCUAAUGGGUUUUGCAUGCAUUGGCUCCUCAAUCUACAUGAUCGGAGGCAGGUGGGAUUGGCCUUCCCCAAGAAGAGAUCCCUCUCUUGACGUUUAUAUCCUCGACACACACCUUCUCCCCCCAGCCACCUCACAUCCCAUAGAGAACCCCCUACCCUAUCUGCGGAAGGGGCCUAGUCUGAGAGCCCCCAAAAUUGACCCCACUGUCAUCUCUCUCCUUGGGAAGGUGUACGUCCUCCCAAAUUCUUUCGAUCCUUCUUCUUCUGAUAAGGACGAACCACGGGCUGAAGUUCUCGACCCAUGCUCCAAUGAGUGGGUGUCCCUUCCUGAACCAAAACUCGAUCCUUGUGACGACCAUGAACCGAGCGCUUACAAAGUGCGAUCUUGCAAUGCUAUCGGAUCUUGCAUUGUAUUGACGCUGUUCUGCGAUCUGGUCUACGAGCUGGAUUGCAACCAUCCAUGUGAAGGAUGGAAGAAGAGCUCCAGGUUUGCCUGGUUGCCGGAGCUUCAGCAAACUAGUGGGUCCGAUGUUGUGGAUGGUCUGUGGUAUCCUUGGUUUCCGUUCCCAUCUCACCUCAAAGGGGCCUGUCUCGUGGCCUGCGAUCUUGCUCAGAGGAAGGAGGAUCAACCACCGGAAGUCAUCCUGGUUCGCCAUACAAGAUCCGGGAAAAUCGGGAGUAAAAUCUAUUCCGGGCACCGCAGGGUGGUGGAUAUUGGGUGUGGGCAGGCAGUGAUUUUCUCGUGUGGUUUCAGUAAAUGUACUGAUCUAAUGACACAUGGCUAUGGAAAGCUCCGUUUCACUUUUGACGUCGUUCGUCUGGAAAAGAAAACCAGUGCUGAUGAGAGGAAGAGAAAGCACUGUGGCGAUCCAAAGGCUCGUUUUAUCAAUUGUGUCCUCCUGAGAUCAUUCAGCUGUGUGAUUGAGGAAGUCGGCCCUGGUGGAGACCUCUGCGGUUGUUUUCUCGUCAACAGGAGUAUGUGCACUCUUGUUCGGCACUUCAAUGCUACCUGCAACACGAGCUGUGUUGCGGGGAGAAUUUGCUGACAGAUGGCUAACUUAAACCACGCUUUGCACUUCCCUUACUCGUGCAUGAUGCCGACUGAUGUGCCGACAAAAGGAGUCAAAUUUGAAGACUUUGCCCCUGGAGUAGCAGCAUGCGUAAAGAUUUCACGCCAUUUAGCAGAUAUCGAGGAUAUAGACCCUGCCAAUGGAGAUUCGGUCAUUCUACCAGACACAUCAUCUCUCGUAGUUCUAUUUCCAUGGACGUUUUCUUUUGGGUAUGAUUUGCCAUAUGUUGACCCCUGUGUAGCACCAACAUCUAUCUCAAGAAGAAAUCUACUGACAUUACUUCGU